AUGGCUACCUCCAGCUCAAGCUACAGCAACAUCCCUCGCUCACAAUCAUUAACCCACACUCCUUGUCCUCUCCAACUCACAAGUACACCAGUCAGAUCACAAAGUGUAUCCACAGGUAACAGUGGUUCAAUCAAGUCUGAAAGGAGAUUGUCAAGGAAAUUACCUCCGGCAUGGACAGAGAGUUUAGAGAACCUAGCUCGAACCUCACCUCCAACAAGUACAAGAUCAAUUGAUAAUUUUUCUAUCUCUAUUUCACCCAUGUCUAAGACAUCUCAAUUACCUAUCCCUGAAUUAGAAGAUUCGGUCACUACCCAAAUCGGUGGUAAUGGUGAUUCCAAUGAAAAUCAAGCAAGACCAUAUGUUUUGGAUGUAGAUACUCCACAACAGCCGAUGAUCGACAAAUCAGCAUCCUCAUUUUCAUCUGGAUCCACCUCAGCGAUGGCAAACAAUCAUGGCUCAAGCAAAAGUACAAAAACGAUUCAUCCUACUUCGAUCUCUAUGACAAAUCAACAAACUCAUUCUUCUUCUUCAUCAUCUUCUACAUCGCAAUCAGUCAAUAUGGGAUUUCUCAAAUCAUCAUCAUCUUCUAGAUCCGAUAUCCUUCUUACUCCCCAAUACCAUACAAGCAAGUUGCGCGAUAGGGGUUCGAUCGAUUCUACCAAUACAACCUCAUCUUAUGCUACAGGUUUUGGUUCAUCUCGUCGAAGGCGAAGGGAUGGAUGUGGUAGUGCAUCAUGUGAAACUUGGUCAUUAUUCGAUGAAGUGAAAUUUGAAGAUUCUUCAUCUACCAAAUCCAAAUCAACAGGUAAGAAAUCUGAAAAGAAACCCAAAGAAACAUCUAAAGAGAAAAAAGAAAGGAUCAACCAGGAGAAGUUGUUAUUCGAUGAAGAUAGGUUACCAACGCAGAAGAUGUUAUUUGAAGCUAGUUUGAUGGAAGUUGUUGAUGAUAAAGGAAAGAAAGUGAGAUUUGGAGAUUUGGUGAGGAAUCGAAAGACUAUAGUGAUUUUCAUUAGACAUUGGUACUGUCCACUUUGCGCACAAUACAUGAAUUCGAUCCUCGCCGAAGUGAGCUUGGAUGCGUUAGAAGAGGCCAAUACAGAUUUGAUCAUCAUUGGUAAUGGGUCUGAUAAGAUGUUGGAUGGAUAUAGGAAUAAAUCGUUCCGAUGUCCAUUCAAGAUGUACACCGACCCGACCCUCGCUUUAUACCGAGCUUUGGGUCUUACUCGUCAAACGGGUGAUGGAGGAGAUAACGAUUCCAAGGGUGAUUAUCUAGUCCAAUCAGCGAUGGAAUCUACCGUUCAAACCGUCAAGCGGGCCACCAAGAUGCCAUUGAGGAAUCCAGGUCAUUUCACUCAAUUAGGUGGUGAAUUCAUAUUUGAUGGGACAUUGAAUUGUCUAUUCACACAUCGAAUGACUACCACGAGAUCACAUAAACCCAUUAGGGAUAUUUGCGAAGAAGCUGGUGUCAGAUUGGAAUUUAUACAUUACGAACCGGGAUUACCCCCUCCACCCGUACAUAGACAUUCCUUCUUCGGUAUCAACAAACCACACCAACAGCAAGUGGGAUUGGAAGGUGAUGAUUGGCAGAUGGAGAGGGAUCAAACGAUCAAUCGGAUCAAAGCUCUCAAAGCUGCUAGAAGAGCUAAUCCAGCGAUCGAUCUCCAAGAUACGAGAUCCAGAGUUGUAGAUCAUGUGAAGAUCGUGGGUCAGGAUUUGGAUGAACGUGAGGAUGAGGUGGUAUUGGGUUUCAGUGCGUUAGGAAUUGCUACGUAG